UGACGACAGGUUCAGACAGAUUUAGCUGUCUAGUAUCCCAAGGGUGCAACAUUGUUCAUCGUAACGUAAUAUAUAGCCAAAUGUAUCAUUCACGAAUUACUUACCUUGCAUCGGAUAUAAACUUCUGUAGGCUCUUCUCCAUUACUUUGUUGAACAACAAUAGCCUGUUCCUCCGGGGCUCGGCUCCGUCUGACCGGCGAGAAUCAUUUCCAUGACCCGACGACGGAGACGAAACAUCUCCUGUUGCAUUACUAGACUGAUCCUCCACAUUAUCUCCUGAACUUUUAGCACCUUUGUGACGAAUUUCCUCCUGAGUUGUUUCACCAGUUUCUUCCAUGUUCAAUUAUUAUUAUAUAUUUUUUACAGUACCCGCCAAAGCGCUAGAAACCUACAAGAAACGCCCAUCUACGGAACGCCAACAUGUACAAAAAGUUACUGUGUCAUUGUACGCACGCGCAGAUAGGUAUUCUAUGUUACGUACAUUCACUUUGAGCAAUCUUUGGUUGAGCUUUUGCUGCAUCAACUGUAAUUUUCCUCAAACUGCUUUCUUUCUCUUCUCUAUGUUGCAUGUUGUGCGAACAUGGGGUUGAUCACCGAAGUUAUUGCUUUCUUUUACCACUUACCUCAAAUAUACAAAUGGCUCUUCAAGCCUUAUUACAUAUUGUCUACAUUGAUGUCCACUGCAUUCCUAAUACUUAGGAAGUGUCCUGGACUUUGCGAAAACCUGAACACUGAACGGGAGGACCGGAACCCAUGCGACUUUGACUUGAGAGAAGUGGAUAUUCUUAUGUUUAUCGGUGCGAUUGUCAUGAUGAAGAACAGGAGAGACAUCACCAUAGAGCAGCAUGCAGGGAACCUGUUUAUGUUCAGUAAGGUGGCCAAUGUUAUCCUCUUCUUCAGGCUGGACAUCAGACUGGGCUUCCUCUACUUCUUACUGUGCAUUGCAUUCGUCAUGACCUGCAAACCACCACUCUACAUGGGCACAGAGUACAUCAAGUAUUUCAGUGAAAAGACCAUAGACGCCAACGUCAUGACACUGUACUGGACUGCGGUUUGGGAAGAUAGAUGCUGGCCGGUAGGAGAGGUGGCUCAGAGGUACAAGGUUAGCACCUCCUCUCUGGCCAAGCAGCUCCCUUCAUUGGUGCUUUUCCAGUCAGGGCGGGAGGUCAUGAGGCGUCCAAUGGUGGACAAUAAGUUUCGAGCUGUGUCCUGGACUUUCAGCGAGGUGUGUGUUGUGGGGAAUCAUCGGUCUGUGUGCGGGCUUGUGUGUGCGUGACACCCCAGCAGAGAGCAAGAAAGACCAGUAGUGACGAAGGGACAACAGGGACUGGAUUGUUCUACUGCACACAGUUCACUGCUCGUCACACAAUCGCUGUCAGUUAUCACUGGUUGUAUUACCAGACGACCAGGAUUCAAGUUAUUUCACGAGCUUGGGCUUGUGGAAAAGCUGCUGCACGCAAACCAAAAGGGACAGAAUGAGCUACACUACAUGGCCAAAAGUAUGUGGACACCCCGCUCGUUGAAAAAUCUCAAUCCUAAAUCAUGGGCAUUAAAAUUGGAGUUGGUCCCCCUUUGCUGCUAUCAAAUCAAAUGUUAUUUGUCACAUGCACCAAAUACAACAGGUGUAGGUAGACCUUACAGUGAAAUGCUUACUUA